AUGCAUCUUUACACGGUAAAAAUAAUAAAGAUAAAAAUAAAAAAAAUAAACCUUAAAAAAGCAUUACGAACAUCUUGGUCUUUUUAUUCAAAAUACAUAAUAAAUGACAUAAAAUAAAUAACUUCAUAACAAAUAGGUUACAUGAACACGUCUUUUUUAUUGUUAAUGGGGUUCGGCUUAUAUUUUUUUGGAGGAUUAGGUGAUAAAAUAAGUGCAAAAAAAUAUUUAAUGUUUGGCAUAAUUUUAUCAGCAUUAUUUGUAUUCAUGAUACCAAUAUUUUAUUUUCUAGGAAUUUAUUCCCCAAUAUAUUUCAUUAUUUUAUAAGGAUUAAAUGGUUUAUUUGAAUCUACAGCACAGCCAGGUUCAAUGAGACUUUUAGGAACCUGGUUUUCAAGCCAACAUCGAGGUAUUUUAUUAGGAAUAUGGUCUGGUAGCCGUAGUUUUGGAGACGUAUAAGGAUUAUAUUUAUCUCAUAUAAUAAUUAAUAAAUUCAGUUUAUAAUGGAAUUAUGGUUUAAUAAUAUAAUCAUUCAUAUGCUUUUUGAUAAGUUAUUUAAUAUAUAAAUAAAUAAUUAAUUAUCCUGAAGAAAUAGGCUUAAAAAUUCAAUAAGAAACUACAAUAUAAUAAGAAAGUUUACAACUAACGCAUUAAAAGACACAUAUUUCUAUAAGUUAAGCUUUUUAUACAAUUCCAGGACUUUUUUGGCAUACAUUAACUAUGAUGUUUUUGAAAGCUUUAAACUAUGGAAUACUUUUUUGGUAUCCAAAGUUUUUACAGGAUAUAGGACUUAAAUAAUAAAGUUCAUACAUCGCAAUUUUCUGCAGUGUAGGAGUACUUUUAGGAGGAAUAAUUUCAGGAUGGAUAGGAGAUAAAAUAGAUAAAAAAAGAGGUAUUUUAAUACCUCCAAGCCUUUUCUUACUUGUAAUUUGUCUUUAUUUUUUCAGUGUUUUAAAUUAAUAAAAUGAUUCAAUUUUACAUUUUUAUUUUUACUCAUUUUUUAUUGGAUUUUUUCUUGGUGGACCUUAUAAUGUACAUCAUGGACCACUUGUAGUUGAUCUUGGUUAACAUGAAUCUCUUAAAAAUAAUAAAGAAGCAAUAGGAAGGGUUACUGGGAUUAUUGAGGGAGCUGCUUGUAUUUCCUCGGCGAUUGUUUAGAUCGUAAUUCCGUAUUAUGGAGAAAAUAAUAUCUUUAAACUUUUUAUAAUUAUUAGUUUAGGAAGUAUUGGAUGCAUUUGGCCUGUAGCUGUUAGUGACUAUAAAUAUUUUAAAAAUAAAUAUAAUAAUUAUAGUUUAAACAGAAAAAAAAUUGAAAAUUUAAAAAAUGAUGUAAAAAUACAAAAUUUAUAACAUUAACUUAUUUAGAAAUAUUGA